UGAAUUGCUGCAUGAAGCAGAGUGGUCCUACCUAUCGCUACAAGUCAUGCACUAAUCAGCCAGUAUCAAAGAUGGCCACCGGUAUCUUUCCAGUUCCAUGAUCGUAUGACGGUUCCCACGGCAGAAGCCGAACUUUGUGACGUUAUAAGGAUUCUGGCGGAAGUUUGGUUAUCUGACAAUGGCUGGGGCAGAGUUGGGGAAUCUUAAGGAAUAUGAAAACCGCGGCCUCAGAAAUUUAGGCAGCCUGGAGGUGCCUGGGCAUUGUGUGCUGAGCAGCCUGGCUGAGGUGGUGGAGAGGAUUCUGAGCUUUCUUCCCUGCAAGGACCUGCUGAGAUCAGCCUGUGUUUGCAGAUUAUGGAGAGAUUGUGCAAGGCGCAAGAUGAAAGCAAGGCAGCGUAUGACUUGGAUAUCCUGCUCUGGAAGUUGUGUGUCCAGUCAACAGCCAUCAAGUCACUCAUUGCUUCAGGUGGUCAGAGAAGAGCUUGAAAAGAUGUACAUACUUCCUGACACCGUUCUUUAUAUAAAUCAAACUGAAAUAUAUAGUGGACAUAAUCGGCGUGGGCCAACAAAGGCAAAAAGGAAACAGGAGAUGCUUGCGGCAGCGGCAGAACUAGAGAAGUUAUUACCUCAAGACUGCCAGAUACUGGGAUUUGCCACACCUGGUGUAGUAGUUACUCCAAUGGGAUCUGCAGGCAACCGACCCCUAGAGCUGGAAGACGAGGAGGCAGGAUUCGCGUUUAUUUUACCCAGAAUUAAUGGAGUGAAAAUCCAGAAAUUUAGCUCCUUUAGAGGCAAUGGAUUUGAUGAAAGUCAGCUUCAAGAAACUGGCCUAAAAAAUAAUCCAGACUUGAGGUUUGUACUAGUUUUUGGAUGCAAUACUUGGAAAGAUGGAGGAGAUUGUUUCCUGCAAGAGGUUCUAAACCCCCUAAAUGAGAGAAGCAUUAUAAUAGCAGGGGGGCAAGUUGAACAUCUGUUAUCCUUUUCUCCGAAAAGCAAUGUUCAAGUGUCCCGGUGUAUUGGUGUGGUGGGACUGGCUUUUUAUGGCCCACAAAUACAGGGGGCAUCAGUGCUCCUUGAAAGUAAUGUGUAUGAUGAAAAGACUGUAGACUCCACCAUCCACCGUUUGAAAGCUGCCAACAUUCCUGAAGAGAACAGUGUGGGGUUUAUGUUUGCAUGUGUUGCCCGAGGGGAGCAGUAUUACAAGAAGAAAAAUGUUGAGGCAGAUUCCUUUCGUAAACACUUCCCUAAUGUGCCUUUGCUUGGUUUCUUUGGCAACGGUGAAAUUGGCUGUGACCGGGUAGUAAGUAACAAUUUUAUACUGAGGGAAUGUAAUGGUAAAAAGGACAAUCUUCUACAUGGAUACACCACAGUAAUGGCCAUCAUACAUUUUGGAUCCACCAAGUAGAUUUCACUCUCAUGACAUGACACUGAUUGUGGACAUGAUCACACUGCAUAAUAAUUAAAGAUGAGUAAAGUCCUCUCAUAUAAAAUUGGUUUCCUGUACCUGCUACACCUAAUUUCCUGACCUUUUACGAUGAUGGGUAGAUGUUAGUAUGUUUUGCUUCCUACUUUCAAGCUCUUCCAUGUUUGUAAUGUUUCUAGUGUCCUUUGGUGGCUUUUUAAAAAGCUGUGUAAAGAAAAUAUUGAAAUGCACCACAUUGCCACAUCAAUGUAAUGGUACAUAGGGAUGCCCAAAUUCAUUUUUCUGGAUACUGCCAUGUUCUGAACCAAAUCCUAAUUUCCCUAUACCAAUAAGCAUAGUCGGGGGGGGAGGAUCACAUGAUCUAAUCUCAUGAUUUUAAGGGUUUGGAUUCAGUUUGGCUUGGAAAUUUUGGCAAAACCCUGCCGUUAAAAAUUUGGCCGAAUCCAGGUGCAUCCAUAUGGUGUUAUGAUUUUUCUGGUGUAAAAAAAAAACUUUUUAGCAUGAAUACUUCUUUAUUUUUCACACUAGAAUUUAUCUGCAGCCUGAAGUUGUCCCAUUCUUUUUAAUAGGUUACUGUAGCUCUGAGGUGUAAAAUAAUGGCAUAAAUAACAUUAGACUAGCAAAGAAAAAAAAACAUUUAAUGUGAUUUAUACUUCAUUAAUGAGUUGUUUUUCUGAUAGUGUCAUCCUCACAUAAGGGAACAAUAUAAAUAACCUAUCUAUUUUACAACACUUCUUUAUUGUAAAUCCGUUUACACAGCUUUAUAGAAAUGCUUCUUAGUAUUUUUGUGAGGAUUUUCCCUUGUGGUUCUGUUUAUUUAUGAUCAGAGUUCUAAAGAAAUAUUGGAUCUUGUGCUCUUUCACCCUGUUGACAUUAGGGAUGCACCGAAUCCACUACUUUGGAUUUGGCCGAAAAUCCACACAGAAUCUGAACCCUAA